CUAAAAACUACUAUGUUUCUGUCGCAAGGAUGUUAAGAGCAUUCUCGGAAAUUGGUGUCCACAUGUCCUUGAAAAUCCAUUAUUUACAUCAUCAUCUGGACUACUUCAUCAAACAAUUGGCUACCGAAUCUGAUGAACAAGGUGAACGCUAUCAUCAAGUUGCUAUGCCAUUUGAAAUGAGAUAUAUAGGCAAAAAGUCGCCGAGUGAAAUAAUUGCGGAAAUUUGCUGGUGGAGUAAACUUGUGUGGCAAGACAGGGAUGAUCUUGAUGAUAAAGAAUUUUCAGGAGAUGCAGAAGGGCCAACAGUGGAGUCACAUAUUGACCUUAUGUGUGGUUCAGAAACUCAUGAUAGCGAUGAAUGCGAUGCCACUAGUCCCGAACAACCACCAUCGAAAAAGUCUAGGCAAUAUUUAAAAAAUUAA